GCUUGUUAGAUGGACAAAGGACUGGGGGUGAGUGAAAAUCCCACUUCUGCAAUCCUCCUCCACCCAUUCUCAUGGAUCAUUAACAGUGCUCUUUCUGAACUUCCAGCAUGACACUGCGACCAGACAGCAGCAGAAGGACGGAGCUCUGUCCCCUGGGCUGAAUGCCGACCUGUUUGGGACCCCCCCCAGGGGGUUAAACCCACCCUAAAAAGGUGGUGAAAUGGGGGAGAAGCCUGUUGAUCACAAGAUGGAUGGCAGUUACCCCCAUUUGAUCUGGGAAACUCCUCAAUCAACUAGAGACUUCGCCCCACAGACUUCGAUCACAUGAUGCUAAUUUCUACCAAUAUUAGCUGCCAGUUUGAUGCUCCAAAAUGUACCACCACCAUGUGUUGUUAAAGCUACUACAAAGGCCUCCUAGGAAUGUGCAAGCCCUGAGGCCCUUCUGUGAGCCUGGAAAGAAAUUGUUGUACCAAGACAUCCAUCUGGAUGUGGGAGCUUUGAAGGGGGAGAGAGAAUAUUCAGAAUUGGUAAAUGGAUUUGCAUGGGAUUCAAAACUGAGCCAACAUCGGAAAUAAUAUCCCCGAACUUGAAUAGAUGGCUCUUCAGCAGCAUCCACAUGCUUUUAAUAUCUCCCCAGUAGAGGAUAGGAGAUUGUGUCUAAAUGGAACACCCUGGAUUUGGCAUCUCCUUGAAGAAUGUGUCGGGAAUGCGUGGGAGUAUUGGAGCGUUGUCAUAGGCCUGAUCUCCAUUGUCUGUUUUCUGUUUGCUGCACUACCUCAACUAUAUGUGGCAUAUCAGAAUGGAAGAGUAGACCAAGCACUAUCAUUGGGGUUUCUGUUGUGUUGAAUUGCUGGAGACCUCACCAAUUUUAUUGGAUGCUAUUUGACAAAUCAACUUCCAAUACAAAUAAUCACUGCCAUUUUUUACAUUAAUAUGGACAUAAUUAUGAUAUCCCAGUUUGCUUACUAUAAGCUAAGGAAUCAGAAGAUGACAAAAUGUGGUGUAUACUUUAGGAACUCUUGUAUAACAUGGGUUUUAGUUUGCAUAAUGCUGUGCCUGAUUUUACCCAGUCGACUACUGCUACGAAAUCAAGUCCAGAACUCUCUUUCAAGAACAAGUGAGAAGUCUCACAGUGUGGUUGAGCUAUCAGGCUUUGUUUGUGGCUAUAUAUCUUGUUUGUUUUACUUGACAUCUAGAAUUCCUCAGCUGUAUAAAAAUUUCCAAAGAAAAUCUACUGAAGGUACAUCUUAUCUACUGUUUGCCUUAGCCAUGAUGGGAAACUGUACUUAUGGUCUAAGCCUUGUCUUAAAGAUGCCUGAAACACAGCAUCUUGCAAGUCUUUACUUCUGGCAUCAUCUCCCUUGGCUCAUUGGGAGCUUUGGAGUUUUGUUUCUAGAUAUUUUCAUAACUGCACAAUUUAUUAUGUAUCGCAAAUGUGAUAAAACACAAACCAGCUUGGUGGCCUUGGAAGUGGAACCUUUACUCAUAAAUGAAGAUUCCUGAUAUCCCAACUUUGUCAACGAUGUACUCCUUGUAUGAUGGGUUGGAUCCAAAAUUAGUCUCGUCUAGCUUGAGUUUAUUUCAGUGGGUUCAUUCUAAAUCUGACUAAGUCUGGAUCCAACUCAGUGUUCUCAUUGUAAAGUUUCCUAAACAAAGAACUCAACAUUGUUGUUAAUUCUUUGGGCAUAGUUAGAUUGGAAUGAUACAUUAGAAAAUGAGGAAAAAACAGUCUGAUGCCAUGUUCAGUUAGUGGAUUUUGAGAAGUGCUCAGUACCUGGAUGUUUCCCAGUGUAAGAAAAUAUGUAUUAUUUUAUUGCACGAUUGAUGCUAAGUUGGAAAAAAAAACCACAUAGCUCUUUUUAAACUGUUUUUUUUAAAUCCCCAAAUAAAUCCAGAGUUUCAUAUUACUUCUUUGUUGUAGUCAGAUGAUAUAUUGUUUUACACAAUGCUCAUUAUAAUGGUCUUUUCAAUGUGUCAUGCUGUUGAGUGUCUUCACAUUCUUGGGAGGGAGGGAGGAAAGAAAACAUGGAACCUCUUCUAUCUUACAAGAUCAAUUGGAUUUUGAGCUGGAAGGAGGUGGAGCCAACCUUUCACAACCUCUGUGUGUGUGUGUGUGUAACGAGUACUUGUUGCAUCUAAAAUGUUCAUUUGGGGAGUCAUUGGGGAU